AUGGGCAAUAACAACAUCCCACUGGGGACUACCAACGUCCCACUUGAUAAGAACAACGUCCCAAUGGACAAUAAUAACGUAUCACUUGACAAUAACAGCGUCCUACUGGACAAUAAUAACGUAUCACUGGAUAAUUACAAUGUACCACUGGCUAAUAACAACGUCCCACUUGACAGUAACAACGUCUCAGUGGACAAUAACAACGUCUCAGUGGACAAUAACAACAUCUUACUGGAGAAUAACAAUGUCCAACGGGACAACAACAACGUACCACUUGACAAUAACAACGUCUCAUUGGACAAUAAGAACGUUCCACUGGACAAUAACAAAAACCCACUGGACAAUAACAACUUACAAUUGGAAAACAACAACGUCCCACUGGACAAUGACAACAUCCCACUUUACAAUAUUAACGUCUCAUUGUACAAUUACAAUGUACCUCCUUACAGUAACAACGUCUCAAUUUAUAAUAACAACAUCCCACUGUACAAAAACAAUAUACCACUUGACAAUAACAAUGUCUCACUUUAUAGUAACAACAUAUCACUUUUCAAACACAACGUCCCACUUUACAAUAGGAACAUUUCACUUUACAAUAUCAACGUCAAACUGGACAAUAGCAACAUCACACUGGACAAUACCAACAUCCCACUGAACAAUAACAUCGUACAACGGGACAAUAAUAACGUAUCACUGGAUAAUAACAACGUACCACUGGACAAUAACAACAUCCCACUGGACAAUAACAACAUACCACUGGACAAUAACAUCAUCCCACUGGACAAUAACAACGUCGUACUGUACAUUACCAACGUCCCACUGGACAAUAACAACGUCCCACUGGACAAUAACAACGUCCCACUGGACAAUAACAACGUACCACUGGACAAUAAAAACAUAUCACUGGAUAAUAACAACGUACCACUGGACAAUAACAACGUACCACUGGACAAUAAAAACAUAUCACUGGAUAAUAACAACGUACCACUGGACAAUAACAACGUACCACUGGACAAAAACAAUGUCCCACUUGACAAUAACAACAUACCAUGGGUUCUUCACACACAUAACUCCUCAGUGAACUCCGUGUAA